GGCUUCUUGGGCUUCGGGAGUGUUUCCCAUUUAAACAAACAGUGCCGAAGAUGGCGGAGAGUUUAAUGGUGUAAAGAAGAAAAUUAUCGAUCCAGGCAAGAGAGCAGAUACGUCCACACAAGACUCAAUUGACCAGCCCACAUAGGACCACGCCCCAAGAGAGAGGGGAAGGGGGGAUCUGAUCGUCCAUCAUCUCGGGCGCCGUCGCAAGGUGCUGAUAUGUGUACACGAUGAGCGGAUUGGGGGAGAACUCCAUGGAGCCUCUGAGCUCGGAAAAUCGGAAACGCAAGCUCUCCACUUGCGACACGCCUGGUCUGGGGUGUGACAGGAAGCGACGGGAGCAGGAGAGCAAAUACAUAGAGGAGCUGGCGGAGCUGAUCUCUGCCAACCUCGGCGACAUCGACAGCUUCAACGUCAAACCAGACAAAUGUGCCAUCCUCAAAGAGACGGUGCGCCAGAUCCGCCAGAUCAAAGAGCAGGGAAAAGCUUCAUCCAAUGACGACGACGUCCAGAAGUCAGACGUGUCCUCGACGGGUCAGGGGGUCAUCGACAAGGACCACCUGGGGCCGCUCCUGCUGCAGGCUCUGGACGGCUUCCUGUUUGUGGUGAACCGGGAGGGCAGCAUCGUGUUCGUGUCGGACAACGUGACACAGUACCUGCAGUACAAACAAGAGGAGCUCAUCAACACCAGCGUGUACAAUAUUCUCCAUGAGGACGACAGGGAGGAGUUCCACAAGAACCUGCCCAAGACCAACAUAAAUGGAGUGUCGUGGGGCAACGAGGCGGCCCGACAGAAGAGUCACACCUUCACUUGCCGGAUGCUGGUCAAGUUUGGCCACGCCCACGGCCCAAUGGAGGAGGGGCCAGGAGGGCCACGCUAUGAGACCAUGCAGUGUUUUGCUCUCACCCAGCCCAAGGCCAUGAUCGAGGAGGGGGAAGACCUUCAGUCAUGUAUGAUCUGUGUGGCCCGUCGGGUGUCCGCCAUGGAGAGAACGGAGAGUUUCAACACCCGGCAUGAGCUCUCAGGUAAACUGAUCCAGAUCGACCAGAAUUCUCUGCGAGCGUCGAUGCGUCCAGGCUGGGAGGAUUUGUUGAGGCGUUGCAUUCAGAUGUUCCUUCAGCACAGUGACGGGCAGCCCUGGUCGCACAAACGCCACUACCAUGAGGCUUUCCUGCAGGGUCACGCCGAGACACCCUUGUACCGCUUCUCGCUGUCCGACGGCACUCCAGUCACGGCCCAGACCAAGAGCAAGCUGUACCGCCACCCCAUGAGCAACGAGCCGCAAGGCUUCAUCUCCACUCACCUGCUACAGAGGGAACCAAACGGCUACCGCUCAGCUCAGGGUGGCAGCAUGAUGCCGAACGCUAUGAGACAACAGGGCAUGGGAGGCCCCAACCCAAAUGCCCCAAUGAACAUGAACACCGGCGGUGGGAUGGGCAUGGGGGGCAUGGGUGGCAUGAACAGGGGCUUCGGCAUGAACGAGCAGGGCCACAUGGGUCACAUGGGUCCGAUGGGAGGCAGCUCUAUGUACGGAGGGAGCGGCGGAGGAGGAGGAGGAAGUGGAGGCGGAGGCAUGGGCAGCCGCAUGAUGCAGAUGAAUCAGAUGGGGCAGAUGAGUCAGGUGGGGCACAUGAAUCAGAUGAAUCAGAUGGGUCCCAUGAAUCACCCGGGGCAAGGCAUGCAGCAGCACCCACAGCAGCCCCCGUUCCAGAGCAGCGGAGGGUUUGGGCUGAGUGGCAUGAACAGCCCUUCAGGAAGCCCCAGAAUGGGCGGCCCCCAGCAGGGACUCCUGAUGUCACCCCGGAACCGAGGGAGCCCGAAGAUGGGCGCCAACCAGUUCUCCCCUGGAGGCAUCCACUCUCCCAUGAGUGGCAUUGUCAGCGGUGGAGGAAGUGGAGGAAGCACAACCACCUUCUCCAGCAGCUCCCUAAACGCUCUACAAGCGAUCAGCGAAGGAGUAGGGAGCUCCCUCCCCUCCACCUUAACGUCGCCCUCGCCGGCCCACAAACCAGACAGCUCUCCCAGCGUCCACUCCUCUUCCGCUUCCUCUCAGCCCAGUCAGCCGGCCAAACCGGGCCAAGAUGGCUCCAAAAGCCCAGCGGGAGGCUUAGGGCCUGGGCCCGGCGACCAUCACCACCCCAUGCACCAUCACCACCAUCAUCAGCAGCAUCCUCAGGCUGAGAGUUCUGGAGACCGACCAGACAGCCAGGCAGCUACAGCUACAAAAGAGUCUAGUGAGGGAGGCAAUGAGGCGGGGGCGGCGAGCUCCGACCCCCCUCGGAGGGUGCCGGACAGUAAAGGGCAUAAGAAGUUGCUGCAGUUGCUGACUUCCCCGACUGAGGAGCUGGGAAUGGGUGGCAGCGGAUCGACGGGGCCCCCUGUCCCACCCCCACCAACCAGCAGCAGCACUCCCGCAGGCUCAGACAGUAAGGACCCCGCCGGAGGCAUGACCAGCCCCUCGUCUACCGGCGUGUCCUCCUCUUCUUCAGCCAGUGCCAAUCCAGGCCAGGCGACCGGGCCAGGGGGCGUGUCAGCAGCAUCAUUAUCGUCAGCCCACUACACAGGCUCGCUGCAAGAAAAGCACAAGAUCCUCCACAAGCUUCUUCAGAAUGGAAAUACCCCAGAUGAAGUGGCUAAGAUCACAGCCGAGGCUACAGGAAAGGUGACACUAGGGGGCCAGGAGGGUGGUGAGGCCGGGACUGGAGGAUCAGGGGCCGGGGCCGGGCCGGGGUCGGUCGCGGAGCCCAAGCAGGAGCAGCAUAGCCCCAAGAAGGAGAAGACCCACGCCCUCCUCCACUACCUCCUCAACAAGGAAGAGCCAGUGGAUGUCAAGCCUAAACUCGAAGAGCUAGAUGGGAAGGGAGCCCCGGGGACCGCUGGCGGCCCUGCACGGGGCGGCCCUGGAUCUGGGCCCGGCCCUGCUCCCGAACAUCCUGAGAGCAAGAUCAAGUCUGAGCCACCUGAUGACUUGCACAACCUGGAGUCUAUCCUCGGGGAUUUGAGGGGUUCAAGCUCUGACUUUUACCCCGAUCAGGCUGGAGGUGGAGGGGCUAACGACGCAGGAAGCAAACCCCAGGGUUGCCUUGACGACAGCCUGCAGGGGAGUCCAGGAAUAGGUCCGGGGCCUCGGGGGCCCUUCCAGAGGACCAUGUCCAUGGACGGGAAGCCUCCUGUUGGGCCUGUUGGAGCAGGUAGACGCCCCAUGCUUAUCAAGCAGGAGAACAUGAUGGGCAGCCCAGACGGCUACCCAGGAACCAUGGGACCAAUGAAUAGGGGCAUGGUACCCCAGAGGUCUCCCAUGGGGGGGUCAGGGGACUGGGGCAUGAGCCGCUCCAGUGCCAGCCCAGUGGGCUCAGCAGGACACCCCUCCAUGAUGCGCCCAGGCAUGGAGUACAGCAGUAACAAGGGCAUGAUGUCAGGACCUAUGGUGGGUCGCUCCAACAGCGUACCGGGCACCAGGUCUAUGCUGCAGCAGCAGCUCAUGGAUAUGGGAGGCUCUGCUGACAUGGGGAUGGGUAUGAGCCCUUUCAGCCAGCAGGGCCAGCCCAACCAGUCCCCCUCCUGGCCGGACACUUUAAUGGGCAUGGAGGGCAGCAGACGCCAGUUUGGCAACACCUUAGAUGAUCUCCUGGUGCCUCCCACCACCAGUGAGGGUCAAAGCGACGAGCGGGCGCUUCUGGACCAGCUGGACUCUCUGCUGAAUAACACGGAUGGCAUCGCUCUGGAGGAGAUAGACCGAGCCCUGGGCAUCCCAGACCUCGUCAGCCAGAACCAGGGGAGUGAGCAGCAGCUGGAGCCUUUCCCAGGCCAGGACCCGUCCAUGGUGCUGGACCAGAAGCCUCUCUACGGACAGGGCUAUCCCGGACCCCCCACCAUGCCGAUGCAGUCUGGCUAUGGAGGGAACCCCAUGCAGGGUCAGGCCCAGCAGGGCGGGUUCGGGCCCAUGCUCUCUCAGAUGGGCCAAGGUGGCAGCUUCCCUGGUAUGGGAGGAAUGGGCGGCAUGGGUCAUCCUCGUGCCAACAUGAUGAGACCCAGGAUGAUGACUGCAAACAAACCCAUGAGGCUCCAGCUGCAACAGCGGCUGCAGGGACAGCAGUUCAUGAAUCAGACGCGGCAGGGCAUGGCCAUGAAGAUGGAGAACCCAGGAGGCAACCCUGUCAUGAGGCCCGGCAUGCAGCCUGGCAUGGGAGGACAGCCUGGCUUCCUCAAUGCUCAGAUGAUGGCUCAGCGCAGCAGGGAGAUGGUCAUGAGGAGGCAGCGCAUGAUGAUGCUGAUGCAGCAGCAGCAGCAACAGCAGCAGGCGGCAGCGGCUGCUGCUGCAGCAGCAGGAGGAUUCAGUCCCCCUCCAAACGUUACGGCUCCUGGUGGCAUGGAGAACCCUAUGGGAGGGCCGAGCAUGGGCCAGCCGGGCCCCCAGCAGUUCGGCUAUGGUGGGAACUAUGGGAUGGCCCAGCAGGGGGACCCCUCGUUCGGCCCAUCAGGCGGCAGUCCUCCUAACGCCAUGAUGCCCGGCCGCCUGGGGCCUCAAAACCCCAUGAUGCAACAGCACCCGCAGGGCGGUCCCAUGUACCAGGGGGCAGAUAUGAAAGGCUGGUCGCAGGGAGGAAUGGGACGCACCAGUUCGUACCCUCAGCAGCAGUUCGGGCAGCAGGGACCUCCGGGACCGCAGCAGUUUGGGCAGCAGGGGAAUCCGGGCCAGUAUGGGGGCAUGAUGAUGAACGGGGGCAUGCCAGCCAGCGGAGGAGGAGGUCACAUGGGUCAGAUGGGAGGGCAGAUGGGUAUGAACCCGAUGGUGAUGGGACGCAUGCCGAUGGGGCCUGAUCAGAAAUACUGCUGAGCAUCGCGACAGAAGCAUUUGUCUCACUGUGAUCUCCAUUCAGAGACAGGACACGGCUGCAGCACUGGAGUGUGUGUAGGAGGACCAGGCGGUGUGUGUCUGUGUGUGUGUGUAGUGCUGCACUCCCUCCAGACGGGGGAGUGAACUUCCUUUGGACUCAGUGCCAGUAAUGGCAACCUGGGGGAAAACAGACAGACUGUCACACACGUAUGUGAAAACACGCAGCGUUCAUUAAAAUCAGAAACACUGUGACACAUUCACACACAUAAAGACAGUCAAUCUGUGAUUCCUCUCGUAGACCGUAGUUUAAUAUUCCUCUCUUUAUGAGCGGUGUGUGUGUGUGUGUGCCUCGGUGAACACGCACCGCUCGCUGGACCAAACAGUGAAGGUGGACAGACACAGACUUGAACAUGGACGUGUGAAGACAUCCUCUCCUCUGUCGAAUGUACCAUGAAGCUGUGUUCAGAUUUAAAAAUGUUGGAUUCCUCUCUUGUUUCUGAACUUCGUGGGAUUUUGUUUUUUACCCGCCGUCUCUCUGCUGCUCCUGGAGGAUCUCUGCGUACGUAAAGUAAACACGGCUCUAGAUGACGGGCCGUCAGAUUGUGACACUCAGAUGAAUGUCAUUAAGCUGUAGCACAUUGUUUCCUCCUCCAGGACGCCGCCAGGCUACAGUACGAGUGAAUUACUUGUUGGCUGAUUUGCACUUUAAGGAAAGGCCAACAUCAAAAGGAUUGUGGCAAUAUAGAGGCCUUGACCCAAGAAUUAAUGCAUAGCAGCAGUUGUUUAUUUUAGUUUAUCUAUGUGUGUGUGUGUGUGUUCUCCAACUUUUCCUCUCUGGGUAAUGGGGGCUGCUGAUUUGAAAUGGGUAACCUUGAUGACCUUUGUUCUAAAGUGGGAACCAGUAGAAAGGCGGUAAGCACAGAUUUUAUCCAACGCUCUCGUCUACAGUGGUACCGAUUUAUCACAACAAGAGAAAGAACCGUUUUUAAGUCAUUUUAAAAACACUCUUGACACAAACAGACUUCUAUUAAUGUUCAAAACUCCACUUAUAUUUAUACAGAUUCAUUAACGUGAUCAUUUUAUCAUUCCAGAGGUAAUUUUUAAAUCCAAAUGUUGCAGAUAUUUUUGGUUACCUCGCUCCAAUUUCCAGUGUUACUACAAGUGCAGAAAUAAAAUUGAUUGCCAAUUAUGAAAUUAUGUCUCUAUUAGCUCCCACUGUGAGAGAAAGUGUGUGUUAGAUUUCUAGCAAUAAUCCUUCCUCCUGGUUUUCCUCUGAGGACAAAGUUGAAGUAUCAUUUACUCAAAGCGACGGCACUGCAGUAUUAGACAUGAUGUCUUGUUUUUUUCUUCUUUUGUCUGUGAAUAUGAAUUGUAAAUACGCUUCAAAUGUACUAUAUAUAAAUAUAUAUAUGCUUUUGUAGGUCACAUACUGUUUUUGCACAGAUUGUAAGGCUUGAUAUUUAAAAGUGUAAUUUUCUUAAUCCGUCAUAGGUCAGCUUUUAUUUUCAAUACUUUAACCCAUCGGUUGGAAAGGAAGGGCCUCCUUUUUGUAAGCAGUACGUGUAGAUUUUCUUUCAUACUGCCGCUUUCUUUCUCUCAGAAAGCACCCUUUUUAUUUUCUGAGGACGUCGUCUUAGCUAAAGGUGCUAGUGUAUAUUUCUUUUCUUCUAAAUAAAUUAUUUUUCUUUUGACAAAAAAAAAAAAAGAAAACAAAAUCUGCCUAUACAAAAAAGAGUUGACACAUGAUUGUGUUAGGCUUCUAGGGGCCCCGAUGUCUUACCAGUAUGAUGUUUUCUGAACCGAACCUCAUGCUUCCAUGUGUGACUUCAAGUUUCACAGAUUUCUGUGCUUUGAAUUUUGCAGAUAUGAUCGUUCGGCCUCAGAUAUGAGCCUUUGGAAAUCAGUCCCGCCGUAUAACUGUCCAUAAGUCCUUUUGGUUCGUUCACAGAUGUUUAAUCCUGACGGAAGUAACACAUCAAGUACUUUGAAUCCCUAAAAUCACCUGUCAAUCUCUUGACAGGUGAUUUUUUUUUUUUAUUUUACGUUUAAGUUUGCCUUUAUUUUUGUCGUAUUUCCUGUGAAGCUUUUGUUGAGAAAUCUACCUUUGAACACACGCUCAAUCCAAAGAUUUUUGUUUGUCAUUCUGCAGUGCGUAGAAACAUGUUCCUGACGUAGAUCGUGCAAGUACUCACGUGUGCUUUUACCGUCGCACAUAACCUAUAAUAUACAUUGAACUGAAUAUGUUUAAUUGCAUAUAUUAUAUCCCCAUCCGUAUGGCAUAGAGUAGAAACGAGUCUGGUUCUGCUGAGGUGCUUUGAGUUUCUGUUUUGUGAUUGUUUCUUCCUUUCUGUAGAACUUAUGGCCAGUUGAAUCGUGGUGCUGCAAACGGUUAUUUCACCAGAGAAUGUAGAGAUUUUCCAAGCUGGAAAGGAGGUUUCAUGAUUGAUGUCAUCAUUAUGUCUCAGAAUAAUAGCUUAGAGUUUUUUUUAACACCAGUCUCUACAAAUCUACAAAUAUAAACAAAAAAAAUGUCUGUGUUUUGCUUUAAAGGAAAGAAACUCCUCUCAGUUGGAGCUAAAGAAAAGAGAAAGCACAUCUGGGAAACAUACAGUCAUUAUUACAGGAUGUAAUAUACUAUUGCAUUUUUUUCUUACCUUGUUUCUUGAUGUUAAUAUCGAUGUAAAUACAAAUUUAUAUUUAAACA